UCUUUACAAUUUCUGUGAAAUAUAUUUCCUAGCGCACACGGAACUCAAUAAACACAACUCCCUGAUUGUGAUUGGUGCAUUGUUACCGCCCUCGAGCGCCCUGUCUCACUUCUUUACUCCCAGACCAAGCCCAAGCUUUCAGAAACAAACAUGGCUGAUACCGAAGGGGCAGAGCAAACUUCUUCAGGAAUUUUACAAGAAAUAUUUACGUCCCCUCUGAAUUUAAGUCUUCUGGGCCUUUGCAUAUUCCUUCUGUACAAAAUUUUCCGUGGAGACAAGACGCCCGAUUUCGGCGAAGUGGAGCAGCCUUUGCCCAAACUCAAAAAAAGAGAUUUCACGUUGUCUGAGUUGCAACCAUACGAUGGCCUCCAAGAUCCUCGAAUUCUCAUGGCUGUUAAUGGAAAAGUAUUCGAUGUGACCCGAGGAAAGAAAUUCUAUGGUCCAGAUGGUCCUUAUGGAGUGUUUGCUGGGAAAGAUGCUUCCAGGGGACUGGCUACGUUUUGUCUGGAGAAGGAGGCCCUGAAGGACGUCCAUGACGACCUGUCCGACCUCAACGCCAUGCAGCAAGAGAGCCUCUCCGAGUGGGAGACUCAGUUUACUCAAAAGUACGACUACAUCGGGAAACUUCUGAAGCCUGGCGAGGAGCCCACCGAGUACACAGACGACGAGGACGUCAAAGAUAAAAAAACGGACUAGAACACACACACACACAACAUGCACAAGGGAAAUCCGAACGCCUUAAUUAUGUAUGAAUAAUGUGAAACUCAUUGCCUUGUGUCGAGACCAUUAGGGGACAUGCUUUUCGUGUGUGUUUUAUUUCACCAUGUUGUUCAUGGGCUGUACAAUCCUCCCCAAUGCCCAAUGCCCAUUGCAUAUGUUUUUAGAUUGUCUUUGCAAUAACCCUUCUACAUGCAGUAGGUUCGUCGUUUCACAGCGUAACAUGUACCAUAUCGUGGACUUGCUUUUCUUGGUCAUUCUUGGAAUGGCAGCAUGAUUCAAGAAAACGAUUUGAGCGAACAGAGGCUGACUGUUCACUCUUCACAUUCCUAAUGUUCAAUAUCCCGACAACCGUUAUGAACCACACCAAUAUAACUUAUAGUCUGUUCAUCCUAAUGGAGGCUUUCCACCACAUGACACCCCCCUUUUCCUCUGCGACUAUGAACUGCCGGCACUCAAAUUCAGCAUCACCUUAACAGUCACAAACACGAAGACCUAGUCAUUUCAUUGCAAUACUGUAGCCAGUAUGCUGGAUGUUGUAGCUUCCUGCAUGUUUAUUAUUACUCAGCUCAAAUGUUCUUUAUCCUGUUGUUGUUGAGCGAGAAUAUGGUGUUGUUUUCGACUCUGGUUAAUGGAAGGGGUUGAUCUCCAAGAACCGGAUCUGGAGACCCGACUAGUGGAACACAGGAAGGACAGGAGCCCAAUUACAAGAACGUACAUUGAUAGGUGAACUAGCUGUGUCAUGGUAAAAUGUUUUGUGAGUAACCUUAAGAAUGAUAUUUUGAUAUGACAAAUAAAUCUUACCAAUGGAUAAUCAA